AUGUCUGAGCGCUUAGAUGAGCAGGACACGGGGUCCGAUUCCGAUAUUGAUUCGUUGACCGAGACGUUGGAACAGGUCGGAAAGCUUGUUUUUCCAACGUUCUCCAUUCUGCCCCAUCUGCCGGCCCUACCCAAACUCGCCGCUUUGAAGAUGGAUUACAACUCCACCAGCAUUGCGAAAAAGUUCUCCGAGCUUUCGUCUUCCACGGCUCUUCAUUUCCAGGGUUUUACAGAGAAAAAAGACGAACUUGCCAAAUUAUACAGCGAAAUGAGCGAGUCUUUGACAGACGUGAUCAACUCCAACAUCGAUUAUCCGGUCGAGGACCUUCAUGAGCCUGCUGGAGUGGAGAUUCUGCAGGAGCCAAAGACAACCGUUUCGCUGGUCAAGGACCGACUGGCCAGCUACGACCAUCUGACGUUUUUGACGUUCGAACAGUUCAACGACCAGAGCUUUCUGCGUAAACGGAUCAAAGAGAUCCUCAACCUGGAUCUGCUGCCAUUGGACCAACGGUAUCUGAUCCAGAAACUCAUGUCGCGGUCGUACUACGAAAAACAGCGGUACGAGCGCGCUGAGAACAACGACACAGACGACGAGGCCGACGGCGACGAGGUGGCUCUCGAGGCGCGCGACCUCGAGCCAACUUACUACAACCUCGAGGAGGGCGUGUACGGAUGCAUGCACUACCAGCGCAACUGCAAAGUGGAGUGUCCAACGUGCAAGAAAUGGUACACAUGUCGGUUUUGUCACGACCAGGAGAUUUCGUCACACCAGUUGCAACGGAACCGGAUUUCUCAUGUUCUGUGCAUGUUUUGCAACACGCCGCAACUGGCCCAACAGUUUUGCGUCAACUGCGACCGCAAAUUGAGCGAAUAUUACUGUGCUACGUGCAAACUGUUUGAUAACGACGAGAUCAAAAAUAUCUACCAUUGCGACGAUUGCGGUAUCUGUCGACUUGGGUUGGGACUCGGACAGGACUAUUUCCAUUGCAAAAACUGCAACGCGUGCAUUUCCAUCGAAUUACAGGAAAACCAUAAAUGUAUCGAGAACUCGACCCAUUCCAACUGUCCGAUCUGCGACGAGUACAUGUUCAGUUCGACAAAGAAGGUGGUUUUCAUGAUGUGCGGCCAUCCGAUCCACCAAACGUGUUACGAUGAGUUCACCAAACAUUCGUACAAAUGCCCUAUUUGUUCACGCACAAUCAUUAAUAUGGAGCUCCAGUUCCGGGUGCUGGAUAAGGAGAUCGGGGCCACGAGGAUGCCGGACGGGAUGGCCUCAUGGACGAGCGUGAUCAAGUGCGUUGAUUGCGGCGGCAAAUCGCGCGUUCCGUACCAUUAUUUGGGCAUGAAGUGCGACCAUUGCAAAAGCUACAAUACGAUGCAAUUGAAGCUCGUCAAGAGCGAAAAAGACCUCCAAGAAAUGGACGAGAUGGAGAAGAACCUGGAAAAAGACCUAAUAACCAACUCGCUGGACGACAAUUUCCAAUUCGACGACAAACUCGACGUUACUGGGUUCGAACUAACGGGAGCAGCCAAUAUCGAAGACUCGGACUCGGAGGACGACUACGUGGACAACUUUGUGCGCGUGAUCAACAACUUCGAAAAGUACUCCACCAUCAGUGACGCUUUCAAAGACUGGAUCAAUGCUUCGAAGAAGAAAGUUGAUGCUAUAUAA